UCGACAGUCGAUGCGGAUGCUGCACAGAGUGCGAUUGACGCGAACAGCGGUGAGCGUAAAGCUCGAGGUUGUACCUUCAGGGAGCAGUCUGCCUCCCUUUCGUCGCGAACGACGAUUAUUCUGCUGGCCCUUAACCUUAACGACGGUCACGAUCCGAAUGGCGGACCUAACCAUCUACGGAAACGGAAGUGUAACUAGAUUUGCGAGAUAGCCGAUCUUCGCGAAGUUGGUAACGGAUGCGUAACGACGUGAAAUUGGACAUGUUUCAACGGAACAAAUGUUUAGUGAAACAAUCGACGUUGAUUUGUUGGUUCUACAGAGAUGAGGUGUGCUGUUUUGUAUCAGUAGGGUGAUUUCAAUCUUUUCGCCGGCGCUUAUCGAUGAUAUUGUUUGUCGUCUUUGUCUGGCACCGUUUUGUGUCACGUGUUGCGAAAAAUGUCGGCAAUGUAACUGACAAGACCUGAUUUUGCAAACACAAUGUCAAAAUCGAACAAAUUGAUCUUUCUUUUUUAUAUAUCUACUGUUAUCUUCACAACCGCUUUAACUGCGGAUUCUUCACUUUCCAUCUGCGAAGUACCUGAUAAAACCUUAAGCAUUGUAUACAAUCUGACAAGAUUGUCAUCAAACAAAGAAGAUAUUGUUAUCAAACCUGAUUUUCGCAAUGAUUCGAUACGCAUGCAACUAUGCACUCCGUUAAUAAAAAAAUGUAACAACCAGGACGGAUAUGCAAUUUGUGUAGUCACCAACAAUACAGAAAGGGGAAUAGGAAAAUUUCCUCCUCUUGUAACAACAGAAAAUGGAAGACCAUCCUUCACAUUCACUGGCGGUGCUUGUACGUUUGAAAGAAACUCUAGAGUUGUUAUUUCUAUAAUGUGUGAUUAUAGUGCGGGAAUAGGUCAGCCUAAACUAGUGACUCCACGUAAGGGGGAGAUUUGUGAUGUAUUUAUGGUGUGGAGAACUUCGUUAAUUUGUGGGCCUAGAAAACAAGUAAAUUGCACAGUUGUUGAGAACGGCCAGCUUUAUGAUCUGAGUCCUUUGACAAGAUUUUCAGAAAAUUAUGUGAUUCAUGUUAGGCCUGAUAUCACAUCACCCUUGAUAGAACUCAAUGUCUGUCACUCGGUAAUACCUAGACAAGGAUCCACAUGUUUUAGGUCAGGAGCCUGCAUGACUCGUGGUUCUGAAGAACAUACAAAUUUGGAUUUGGGAGAGGUAGAAGAUGGUCCAUUCUUUGGGGAUGGACGUAACUUGAUAGUAGGAUAUCCACGGUUUAUGUCCGUUCUUAAAAACGGACAUAACUUGAUGAUAGAAUAUCCAAAUGGUGCACUGUGUACACAAAGAAAUAUUACUACUCCCCAUGUGAAAACAACCAUCAUAUUCAUAUGUAACCUGGAAGCUACGGAAACUAUCCCACAAUAUGUCGGAGGAAAGGAAAGUUGUCAUUAUAAAAUAAUAUGGACUACUGCUGCAGCUUGCAGCGUUCAGUCCUUACGUGACUACAGUGCCAAAAAGUCGGGCAAAUGCGUUGUCAUAAAUCCAAUCACGAAUUUUACAUAUAAUCUAAGUUCGUUGAUAAACGAAGUUUUCACCGUCACCAAUGCAAAUGGCGUGCAAUACAAAUUCAGUGUAUGCGGAAACCUUCCGGAUGACGUAUGCGGAAUUAGAACAGGAGCAUGCAAAUUAACAAAUAGGUCAUCGUUAGGGCAAGCUAACACAAAUCUAAUGUGGCAGCAAGGUGGUCCUUAUUUAAAUUAUUCUGAUGGUAGCCUGUGCGAGAACGGGAUGCGUCACCACACAAUUAUCGGAUUUUUCUGCGGACCAGAAGGAUCGUUCAAACAUCCGCUGCUCAUGGAGGACUAUCCAUGCCAGACUGUCAUACACUGGGACACAAGACUGGUUUGUGAGAAAAGAAUUAAAUGCGCUACCAAUAAUUACGAUGAGAUUAGCUUAACUCCUCUUAUACGAUCUAUAGAUAAUUAUGUUGUGAAAGCCAACGGUAGCGAGUUCCACAUAAAUAUUUGCCGACCAUUAGUUCCCAAGCGAGGUCUGACGUGCGCGCACGGCAGUGCCGCUUGCAAAGUUUCGGUAAAUUCGAACAAGGAAUAUGUCAAUGAAAUCAGUUUGGGAUUUCCCGAAGACAGUCCUACGUUAAACAGAGACUUUCAAACGGUGUUGCGUUACACCGGUGGAUCGAAGUGUUCGGAGAAUCCAACUCAAUUGAUCUCUUCCAACUUCACGUUUGUUUGUGAUAAUAACAAUCAGGAACUACCGAUAUUUAAACAAUAUAUCGACUGUACAUAUGUCUUCGAAUGGCGCACUAGUAUAGCAUGCGGUGCUGUAAUGGGAAGUUGGACGUCACCGUGCACCAUCAAGGAUGGUUUUCUGUCGGAUGAAUACGAUCUCUCGCUGUUGUAUAACGAGCAGCAGAUAUAUUAUGUUGAAGGUAAACAAGGCAAAAGAUACGGUAUAAGCAUUUGUGGCGGAGACAAGUAUUGCAAUGGUUCGGCCGUUUGUCACGAGGGCAAUGGCUACGGUUCUUUAAGCAAUGUGAUUUUCGAUUACAGCCGUGACGAUGCGAAACUUAAAUAUUCAAAUGGCAGUAAAUGCAACAACAAUUCUUACACGUCUGAGGUGAGAUUUAUAUGUAAUGAAUCCAUAAGCAUUGGCGCGCCGAAAUUACAAUUGGAGUCUCAGUGCAGCGCGGAAUUCGAAUGGCACACCGAGGUGGUCUGCGCGAAACACGCCAGUUCUCAGAGCGCGAGUUCUCAAGCGGAAGCGUCUUCCGAAGAGGAUUUCUUCGACGAACUUUCGCCUAGAAAUCUUGGAACGAUUGCCGCGGUAUCUACUCUUGUAAUAAUCAUAAUUGUGUUGAUAAUCGCUUUAAUCCAUUUCCGUAAUGCGGAGAAAAGUUGGUUCAGCUUCAGAAGAAACGUGGGCCGCGUUCAAUAUUGCCGAGUCGAUACCAACGAGGAAGCCAGGCUGUUGCUCGAUGCUAUAGAUUCGACGCAAUGUGUGUCGGAUAGUGAUGAUGAUCUUUUACAUAUAUAAUUGUUAUAUGUUAUUAUUUCUUUAACGUGAUAAAUUAUUGUGGAAAAAAAAAUAAAUCAAUUAAAUCAAACGUUGACAAGUUUUGCGUUACUUUGUUGUUUUUGAGAGAUUUUAUAUCAAAAUGGUAAAAAGCUGGGAAAAAUCAUUAUUUAAUUGUGUGUUUGAAAGAACUUCUCUCUGGUGCGAAAACAAAAAGUUCCACGGUGUAGAUAAGAAAAAUAAACUUCUAACGAUUAAUAACAUAAGAGAAACAAUAUUAUAUAUUAAAGAGUUUUAUAUAUAUAUAUAUAAACUUAAUAUAUAUAUUAUCGGUAAUUAACUCUUAUGUUAGUUUGUUUCGGACAUACAUUUCACACGCGGGAAAUGGAUCCGUAAUAUCUUAAGAUAUAUCUGUGCAUAACAAGUACUUUGGUCGCAACUUAUACAGCUUCAUUACGUUAUUUCGUCAGAUAUUUAAAAGUAUUGCAUAAAAUAAUUUUGUCUUCGAUAACAAAUUUAUAAUUACAAAUAUUCACGAAGCAGAAAGUAAAACGAGAAGAACGCGAAUUG